AUGCCCUCCUUCAGAAAGGCCUUGCCAUUCCUACUUGCCGGCACUGCCCUGGCAGGGUCAGUUCGCCGCAGAAUCAGCAGCGAGCGUCCCGGUAUUUACACCAACUCUACCCGCCCUGGCAUCGCGGCCACUAUCGACUACACUGAUACGAAUUGGGCCGGUGCAGUCACUGAAGAAACGGACGUCACUUAUGUUAGCGGUGCUUUCGAAGUCCCUGCAGUCUCAAUGCCAGCUGGCGGUGACUCAGCCACCGCCUAUUGCGGUACUGCCUGGGUUGGAAUUGACGGUUGGGGAAACGACUGUAGCGGUGGCCUCAUUCAAGCAGGAGUUAAUUGGUGUAUCCAAAAUGGAGCCGUAACCUACACACCAUGGUCCGAAUGGUGGCCCGCCGAAGCCCAAGUGAACUUUGACAACUUUGCUGUUUCCCAAGGCGACCUGAUCACUGUCAGUAUCACCGCAACCAGCACCACCAGUGGCACUGCAGUACUAUCAAACCAAGCUACUGGCGCCAGUAUCACCCGAACUUGGACUGGUGAGUCGCCGGCUUUGUGCCUGCGCACCGCUGAAUGGAUUGUGGAAGACUUCACUCUCCUUGAAUCCACCGGUAAUGUUCUUGCUCCUUUCGCCAACUUCGGACAAGUAUACUGGACCAAUACCAACUGUAAGGUCAAUGGUCAGUCAUGGGGAGCAGCAAACUCAAACAUCGCCGAUAUGGUUCAGGGUAGUGACGUUCUUGCUACUGCCUAUCUAAGUGGUAAUGAUGUUAUUAUCAACUAUGGCACUGGACAGUAG